AUGCUAUCGUGUCAACAGUAAAAUUCCCUCGAAUCGAACAGCGACAAUAAAGAAUGAUAAGGAAUGCUAUUUCGCACAGUUGUCACGGCUGCCACGUUUAUUAUUACAUCAGCAUUAUCGCUAAUCGCAAGCACUGCCGCGACAGUAGAGCGAGUAGAGCGUGUCUCGUAAUGUACGCGAGCCACACAGAUUUACAUUAGUUGACAAUCCCCGAAUCGCGGCGUGAGAGGCAAGUGUCCGGCUUUGCUUCAUCCUGGGCAAUUCGUCGUCUCUCGAGGAUGAGGCGUGUCAAUCUCGUUUAGCUUUGUUACAAUAAAUCAUAGUGGAUUGAAGAGUUGAUCCGCAAGGAUUCCGUGUCACUUCCUGUAUCAUCAUGUAAAAUCCAUGUUCCCUGGUAUUGUUGAUUAUUGAAUGUUCUGUGUACAUAUUAUAUAUGUUGAGUGAAAUGCACUUGUGUUACUCACAUAACACAGUUCUUGUCCACGAGCAACGUGAAUAAUGCACUCUGCUGUAUUUUUUUCUUGUGACCAUAUAAACGCAUUUUGUUUGAGCAAUAUGGAGUACGACAUUUCUGUAUGAUUUAUGAGUACAGAUAUCCCUGUUCAUGGAUACAAUACGUAGGAGACACAAAACCUCCAAAACAUUAGGAAUCCUGUAAUAAAUAUGUACUGACGUGUAUUGCAACAAGUGGAACCCUUUUAAGGUGACACCUGACUUUGUCAUGCGGAACAGAUCAGUCAGUAUUAUUUUUGGCUCGCUUAUCUUAUGGGCUGUGGCUACAUACUUUUUAUUUCUGGAUCAACAAACAGUUGACAAAGAUCAGGAUAAGGAUAAGCUGUCGAAUCAAAUCAGCAGAUUGGAAAAAGAAGUAAAACAACAGAUAAUUAUAAAUCAGGAGCUUCUUGAAGGAAUCAAUGAGAGUAAACGUCGUAAAAAAGAAUAUGACAAAUCAAAUGCUGUCCAAUUACCAAUGGAUGAAAAGGAUAUAGAAAAGGACAAGCAUAAAAGUAACAAAGUCAAUAGUAUCCUGCUGCAGAAAAUAGAGGAUAAAAAUGACUGGAAGAGAUCUAAAAGUGCAGAGAGGCCAACACACAAUGCCAUCUUAUCUACGGAACCGACACACAGUACUCCUUCGAGGCAAAAGCUACCAGAUGGAUCUCCAAUAAUAGCUAUUUUGGUUGUUUCUUGCAAUCGUGUUACGGUAGACCGAUGUCUAGAUCAAUUAAUAAAAUUAAGACCUAGCAAAGAACAAUUUCCAAUAGUUGUAUCGCAAGACUGCGACCAUCGACAAACUGCUGAUGUCAUAGCGAGAUAUAAAAAUCAGGUGCUACAUAUAAAGCAACCUGACCAAUCGGAUAUUGAAAUACCACCUAAAGAAAAGAAAUUUAGAGGAUACUUUAAAAUCGCGCGUCAUUAUAAAUGGGCGUUAAACCAAGUAUUUGUAAAGCUUGGUUACAGUACUGCAAUUAUAGUGGAAGAUGACUUGGACAUUGCUCCAGACUUUUACGAGUACUUCCUGGGGACUUAUUCCCUAUUAGUGAAUGAUAGCUCUCUAUGGUGUGUGUCAGCGUGGAAUGAUAACGGUAAAGCUGGCUUGGUCGACGAACAUGCGCCACAUUUGCUUUAUAGGACAGAUUUCUUUCCUGGUUUAGGUUGGAUGCUCACGCGCGAUUUAUGGUUGGAGCUUGCACCAAAAUGGCCCAAAUCAUAUUGGGACGACUGGAUAAGGCAGCCGGAACAGCGUAAGAAUAGAGCUUGUAUUCGUCCAGAAAUAUCGCGAACCAGGACAUUCGGCAAACUUGGAGUCAGCAAUGGAUUAUUCUUUGAAAAACACUUGAAGUACAUCAAGCUGAAUGAACAAUUUGUGCCUUUCACCAAGAUGAAUCUAUCCUAUUUACUAAAAGAUAACUACGAUAUAGCCUUCGUCAACCAAGUGUAUCAAUCGACAGUGGUUAGCUAUUCAGAAUUGAAGAGUGGGAACAUAAUUACCCCUGGUCCAGUACGGAUACCUUAUUACACUCGUCAAUCGUUUAAAAAUACCACCAAGUUGCUUGGUUUAAUGGACGAUUUCAGGAGCGGUGUACCUAGAUCUGGAUAUCGUGGCGUGGUGACAUUUUUCUAUAAUGGAAGACGUGUACAUUUAGCGCCAAGUGCGAAUUGGAGUGGUUAUGACAUUACAUGGAGCUAACACAUGAUUAUGCUAUACAAGGAUUUGUAGAUUGCAUAAGAUGUACAGUAUUGUUUUUUCUUUUGGAAUACUGUGUGCUGUGUUGUUUCUUUGAUACUCGACGAACUAGAUGAAUAUAUUAAUUGCGAUGAACUGACGAUGAGACCGCUGUUUGCGUCUACGGCAUAUAAACUAUGUUCUCAGAGUUAAAGCUGAUGUAACAUUCCUCAUGUAAUCGAUUUUGAACAUGAUGUUUCUCCGCGGAACUGUGACAAAUUUCAAUAAGUUUUUAUGUAUGUGUGUUGUGUAUGUACGCGUAUACAUUCACACGCACAUAUCGCGCUUUUCAAGUGUAGGCGCUUGAAUGGCUGGAAAAGUUACUUGCUAUAUCAAAUUGGUCACAUCUGAUGUAUAUGAAACGACGUAAUAGUCUCUUGACAAAGCAAUAUUUUUAAUUAAUUACCACAUAUCUUCCAAAGCAAAAAUGCGUUGAUAUAUUUUUGCUUGUGCUACUUUCAUGGUGAUUAUAACGUCAUGUGGCAUGUGGUAAAUAAAGUAUAUAAUUUUAUCAAUUGAA